UCUUUCCAAUUAAAUCAAAGAACAUGAAAGUUCAUGCAGUUUUCGUGUCAAUACUCAUUGGUCUCUUCUCAGUGUCUUGCAAUGCUGAGUUAUCCGAAGAAAUGAGAAUACUUCUUAAAGAAAAAGUUGAUAAGUGCAAAACUAUGGAGGAGCUCAGUGAUGUUGAUGUGUCUAGAUUUUUUAAUGGCGACGCGCCAGAGACUUUGAAAGGAAAAUGUCUGAUUUCAUGUUUACAAGAAUCUGUUGGAUUGAUAAAAGACGGUCAAGUGCAAUCGGCUGCUGGAUUUGAAUUGGGAAAAAUGUUAUUUGGUGACAACGAGAAUGUGUUGAGUAUGAUAAAAAAUGUUCAGGAUGAGUGUGCCACAAUCACCGAUCCGGAUCGCUGUGAAAUGGCCUUUAAGCGCAUGUCAUGUGCUAAAGAAACGGUCCAAAAACAUGGAUUAACUCCACCACGUGAAAUGAUUUAA